AUGAAAAUUGAAGAAGUUAAGUCAACAACUAAAACUCAAAGAAUUGCCUCACAUACUCACGUUAAAGGACUUGGACUCAAUGAGGAUGGUAGUGCUAUUGAAAUUUCUCACGGUCUCUGUGGAUAAGAAAAAGGUAGAGAGGCAUGUGGAAUUGUAGUAGAUAUGAUCAAGUCAAAGAAAAUGGCAGGCAAAGCCCUAUUGAUGGUAGGACCUCCAGGCACCGGUAAAACCGCUCUUGCUUUGGCAAUCGCUGCUGAGCUUGGACCAAAGGUUCCCUUCUGUCCAAUGGUUGGAUCUGAGGUUUAUAGUUCAGAAGUUAAAAAGACUGAGAUUCUGAUGGAGAAUUUCAGAAGAGCAAUCGGACUCAGAAUUAAAGAGACUAAGGAAGUUUGGGAGGGAGAAGUUACCGAGAUUUCCCCAGAGGAAGUUGAAGAUCCACAUGGAGGCUAUGGAAAGGUAGUAAGCUCAGUUAUAGUUAGCUUAAAAACUACAAAGGGUUAGAAAUAAUUAAAAUUAGAUCCAAGUAUUUACGAAAACAUCUAAAAGGAAAAAGUUGCAGUAGGUGAUGUUAUCUAUAUUGAAGCCACUAGUGGUGCUGUAAAGAGAGUUGGUAGAUCCGAUGCUUAUGCUACUGAGUAUGAUCUCGAGGCAGAAGAAUAUGUUCCGAUUCCAAAAGGUGAUGUCCACAAGAAAAAGGAAAUUGUUCAAGAUGUCACUUUACACGAUUUAGAUGUUGCAAAUGCCAGACCCUAAGGCGGGCAUGAUUUCCUAUCUUUGAUGAGUCAAAUUAACAGACCAAAGAAGACUGAGAUCACAGAGAAACUGAGACUUGAAAUCAACAAGGUCGUUAAUAAAUAUAUUGAUCAUGGCAUUGCUGAACUUGUUCCAGGUGUAUUAUUUAUUGAUGAGGUCCACAUGCUUGAUAUUGAGUGCUUUACUUAUCUUAACAGAGCUCUCGAAAGCAAUCUAGCUCCAAUCGUUAUUCUUGCAACUAACAGAGGUCAUUGCCAAAUCAGAGGUAUUGAGAUGAAAGCUCCACAUGGUAUUCCAGUCGAUCUCCUAGAUAGACUUCUGAUUAUUAGAACUCUUCCAUACUCUCUAAAUGAAAUAGUUCAAAUCUUAGCUAUUAGAUGUGCUACCGAAGGUAUUGAAAUCGAAGAAGACGCCUUAGCCCACUUAGCCUCAAUCGGUACUAGAACUUCUCUUAGAUUUGUUGUGUAACUCAUCACUCCAGCCUUUGUUUUAGCUGGUACCUUAGGAAAAACAAAGAUCACUCUUGAAGAAGUUAAUGAAAUUAGUACCUUGUUCUUUGAUGGUCUCCUAAAGAGAGAACACCUGGUCAUACCUAUGAAAUUUAUGUAUUAUUCUAAACUAUUCAUUAUAACUUAGAUGACUAAUAAAGGAGAGUCUUUAUUUUCCAUUCAUAAUGAAAGAACCUUACAUUCAUCUUCAAGGAAUGGAAGCAUAAUGUCUAAUUCGCAGAUUGCAAGAUCUCAAUAUAAACAAAAUUUUGAGCAGACCCCUAGAUUUAAGUAUCUACAAAUGCAAGAUAGAUUUAAAGGAACAUAGAAUAACUUAGGACCAGGAAGUUAUGAUAGCUAGACUUCUCUCGAAAAAUUAGAGAAAAAAUAGCCUUGCAGUGUUUUGAUGGUAAGUUUCUAUCUAAUAAAAUUAUUGCAGAAAAAGCUUUUCAACAACAAAUCCACAUAAAGGCGUUAUUAUUAUGUUGGAAGCUCUUUAGUUCUAGAACCAGAAUCACCUAAAAUUAUUUCUAAAAAAGUUUUUAUGGGUAAUCAUCUGGAUGAUCUAGAUUCAAAGAAUAAAGAAUUUAUGAGCAGAAGGAUUAAUAAUGUGAAUAGAAACAGUACUCUUUUAAACUAGAGAUUAACACUUGAUUAGACAAGAUAGUCAAAAGAGUUUAGAGCUUAAAACUUGAGUUAGCAAUCAAUAAACAAUGGAAGUAGUUCUUACUCGUAAACACAGCAUCCUACAUCUGCAACUACUUAUGGAAACUAAAUGACUAGAGGAUCUUCAAGAAAUAGGUUCCCUACAACAUCUAAUGCGAUUUCCAACACCUAUCAAAAUAGAAGUUAAAUAGACUAAUUUUCAGAUCAUCCUUUAGCAUCACUUCCUUAACUUAACAACACAAGUACAUCUUUUCGCAGUCUUAAUAAAACAUUUGACUAGCAUGAUGUCAAAGAUCAAAACUAAAGCUACUAUGUAUCUAGAUAGAAUAAUGAAAUACUAGAAUCAAUUAAAGAGAAAAAUAAACAAAAAGGUUAAUCAACACAAAAUAGAAAGACAAAAUCAAAAAGAGCAGCUGUCAAAAAUAUAAACUCAAAUAUAUAUAACGAUGAUGAAAGUCAAAUAGAGACUAUAACCAAAGUGGCAAAGAUUGGUGGGCAAAAGAAAAAGUACAAAAAGUUUCUUGAUAGGAACUAAUUAGUCACAAUAAAUGGCUACAAAGAUUUUAAUUCAUCUAUUGAUAUGGUCAAACAAAUUUAUACUCCUUAAUCCAACCUAACUAAUGUUAGACGGUAGUAUUGA